AUGAAACACACGUAUCUAACAUUAUUUUUGACUUUAGUACCGUUCGCGUACAGUUCUAGCGAUGAGUAUAAGACAUACCAGAAUUACAAAUAUUACAUUCUGCGAGGUGAUAGAGCGGGAACAGAAAGAACAAUAGCAGCCCUGCAGAAGGCAGACGGUUCAUUAACCUACAGCGAUACUCGAAAUGGGGCGGAAGUUAUUGUGGCUCCUACUGUAGAAGCGCUGUUCAGUGACUUGGUGGCUAAAGAGAAUUUAACGACUGCGAUGUUAUACGACGAUAUUUCAAAAAUAAUUCAACUAGAAAAGUCGAUAUCUCAACGUAAAAAAGAUUUUUCAUGGACUGCAUAUUAUGAUAUUGAUGACAUCAACGGAUUUUUAGCGAACAUGAGUGAAACCUAUCCAAGUAUGUCCAAACUGAUUGCUGGCGGUAAAAGCUAUCAGGGGCGCUCUAUCCUGGGCCUGCGGAUCAUGACGCCCGACCAUAAGGAAAACGAUUCUGUUAAGCCGGUCGUCUUCAUUGAGUCUGGCAUCCAUGCCAGAGAAUGGAUUGCUCCGGCUACCACAACGUACUUCAUUAACCAACUUCUAACGAGCACCGACCCAAAUAUAACGGCCCUCAGGGAUCAAUUUGACUGGCGCAUCUUCCCGUCCGUGAAUCCGGAUGGCUACCACUACAGUUACAACGUGGAUCGCUACUGGAGAAAGACAGUUUCGAAAUCUUCCAAUGGGUGUUUUGGUGCAGACCCGAACAGGAAUUGGGACUAUAAUUGGGGACAGUACUCAUCGUCUAGCAAUCCGUGCGAUUAUCAAACAUACGCCGGUUCGCAGCCGUUCUCAGAGAUGGAGACUCGAACCUUAUCCUCAUACAUUCAGAGCAUAGAUAAUUUAUUGGCUUAUAUAAGUUUCCAUUCGCACGCCGCCAUCCUGUUGGUACCGUACUCAGACUCAACUGAACAUACCGACAAUUACGACGAUUUGAUUAAAAUCGGCAAAACAUCUCUGGAUUACGGUUAUGCUGUGAACAAACAAGAGAGAUAUGGCGGGCCGGCUACAGCGGCGGAAAUUCUUUACAAGGCUUCAGGGGGCAGCAUGGACUGGAAUCAG